AUGGUGGUUGCACUACCGCCGCACUCGAAACUGCUCUUUAGACUACUAGCACUGGCUGUACUUGUGGCUCAGGCACCCACAAUUGAUGGCGCUAGAAUACUCGCCGUAUACGCACACCCGGCCAGUAGUCACUACCAGAUGCAUCGAGUUUUGAUUAGCGAGUUGGUGAAACAUGGCCAUCAGGUGACCAUGAUCACCGCAUUCACACUUGAGCCACUCAAAUUGGGCAGCAAUUAUACGGAGAUACUCAUUGAGCCGGUGUACGAUUACUGGAAGCUACUUAACAAAAAUUCCGAUACAAGUACAGUUUACGAAAUGAAAAAUGAUGCCUUAUCAAUAUUUAAAAUGGUUGAGAUGAUGGCUUUGGAGACUACCGAACACGCCUUGAAACAACGUAAAGUCCAGUCAAUUAUUAAUGCGACAAAGACCGAUGGCGUCUACGAUUUGCUACUGGUGGAGCAGUUACAUCAAGAAGCUUUUCUUGCCUUGGCUCACAUUUAUAAGGUGCCUGUAGUGAGCUCUCUAACUUUUGCCAAGCAACUGUACAUGAGUCAAAUGUUCGGCAUAAUUUCACCAUGGUCAUACAUACCACAUGGUCUACUUCCACUUACUGAGCGUAUGAAUUUUUGGGAACGAGUUUAUAAUACUUAUAAUAGUUAUAUUUCAUUACACAAUGACUUUCAUUUAGAAUUUAGUUAUUUUCCUAAAAUGGACGCAUUGGUGAAGAAAUACUUUGGACAUUUGCCAAUUCUAUUUCCCAGUAUUUCAGAGAUGAACAGGAAUCUCUCUGCUACUUUCAUCAAUAACUACACUCCUUUAGCGUCCGCAACACCAACAAUGGAUAACAUAAUUAAUGUCGGUGGUCUGCAUAUCAAUCAUCCGAAGCCAUUACCCGCCGAUUUACAAAUGUUCUUAGAUGACGCCGAACAAGGCGUCAUUUACUUUAGCUUCGGUACACAAGUACAUGCCAAGGAUAUGCCGCUUGAGAAGCUAAACAUAUUCAUCGAAGUCUUCCGCCAGCUAAAACAACGCGUUUUGUGGAAGUUCGAAAAUGCCAGCAUACCAAAUUUGCCAGCCAAUCUUAUGACUAGAGACUGGUUGCCACAAAAUGACAUUUUAGCGCACCCUAAUGUACGCGCUUUUAUCUCUCACGGUGGGCUAUUUGGCACCCAAGAAGCUGUUUAUCAUGGCGUACCGGUGCUGGGUAUUCCGUUCCUCUUCGAUCAGCAUUUAAAUUUGAAGAAAGCUGAGUUUGGUGGAUAUGCCGUGGUAUUGGAUUUCCAUACGCUCACACGGGAAUCUUUGAAGCGUGGUCUAGAGCAGUUGCUCUUCAACGCCACCUAUCGGGAUACAUCCAAAAGGUUCUCGCGUAUUUUCCGCGAUCGUCCAAUGGGUCCGCGUGAGACCUUACUCUAUUGGAUCGACUAUGUUAUACGUCAUAAUGGAGCGCGUCAUUUGCGCGCUGCUGGCAUGGAUUUGAAAUGGUACCAAUUCUAUUUACUGGAUGUUGCUGCUCUGGUGGUGGCUGUUGUGGCAGUGGCAGGUGGAUUGGUUAAUUUCACAAUACGUUGGGUCAUCCGUAGAUUAAACAAGUGGGGCAGCAAACAAAAAGUUCAAUGA